AUGUCAUUUUUAAGUCAAUCUUGUUUGUUGGAGGAAAAAGAUAUUCGUAGAACUAGUAAAGAUUUUACAGAUGACGUAUCCAAGGCAGUCAAGUAUUUUCUGCCGACAGAAAUUGCUGUUCAUAAUACAGACAUUGAUUGCUGGAUUUCGUAUCAUGACGUGGUGUAUGAUUUGACUGAUCUUUGUAAAAUUUGGGCUAAUAAAAGGGAGAUCAAACCAAUAUUAGCUUAUGCUGGUAAAGAUAUAAGUCAUUGGUUUGAUCACGAAAAAAACGACAUUAAACAUUACAUACAUCCUGUUACGGGAGUAUUGGUACCAUACUGUCCUCAUGGUCCGAUUCCGGAUGUAAUACCUUCCGUAGUACCUUGCAGUACUUGGCGACCGUUAGAUAAAUGUCCUUGGUGGCUCGAUGAAAAGUAUAAAAAAGGAUACUUAACCAAAAAUGCACGUCCAUGUAGAAUUUUAAAUGUCCUCGUCGGAGUGCAAGUUAUUAUAAUGGUCUGUGAGGAAGAUUCCAUUAGGCGUAUUCAAGAACGUGCUCUUAUUUAUAACGAAAAUGGAAAGUCUUAUACGUGGAAGUUUGAAGGGAAGGAUUUGAAUAUCGAUUUAACUUUGACGGAAAAUGGUAUUCCAGAUGAACGGGAUCGUUUUGCCGCUUGCGGCCUCCCCGAAGAUUAUUAUAUUCCAUGUCUCAUGUGUUACUACAAUGAAAAAUCUAAUAAUAAUACAGAUGAAUAG